GUGAGGUGCAGCGACCCGGCUCUGUGGAGCGGAGCUGUGUUAAGAGCGGGAGCCGGCUGAGGGCAGGGUGACUGGAGGGAAGCAUCAGCAGGGCCACCAAGCAUAGAAGUCAAGGGGCAAUAAGACCCAAGAAACGGGAUACAGAUCAGGGUCACCUGGUGGUGAGCACCAGCUGACUCCUUGCCAGCCCGGGCUGGUCGUAGCCACACUCUCCCGGUUGAAGAGCGGGCAGCGCAGGGUCCCGGCUUCGGCCAUCUUCGGCUGUCCGCCGAGAUCGGAGGCUGGCUUGGGGCUGAGUGCUAUCCCGCUCAUCCCCUCCUUUCCCAACACCAGUAAUGUGACUGGGCCGGAGGACCUUGCACCCCCACCACCACCGCCUCCCCAUCCCCCUCCCUCCCCAUCCCGCGCCCAAACCUGAGGCAAGUCCUGCGAGUAAGCAGCAGCAACCACUCCACUACCUCCAGAAGCGACAGCAACUUAAUGCAGCCCUGAUCCUCCUCCUCCUACAGAAGAUCUCUAACCCGCACAACUAACUCCGAAGAUGCCCAGAAAAAGUGAAUUAGUAGACCAGUCAACAAAGACCGAAGAAACGAACAGGGUCGUGCUGCGUACCCGAAAGCGAAAAGCAGACGUUGCCAUUUGUUUGCAAGACUUGGAUGAAGUUACGGAAGGACAGUCUGCGAAACCAUAUGAAAAGGAGGCUUGCUGGAGAUCUGUAGCCAACUGUAUGAGUCCAUACAGACCCCAUUCAACAACAUGCACAAAUCUAGAUGACACGGUUACAUCAAGUUCUUCUAGUUAUAUGCUGUACAGGUUCAAAAAUGUUUUAGCCACUCCAACUAGAGCUUCACCAUUACCAGUUUUCUGUUGGGGAAAUCAUGAAGAAGUAUGGAAUAUCCUUCUGAAGAAGGAGCAGGCUUACUCGAGAGACAAAGAUGUUUUUCAAAAGCAUCCACUCUUGCAACCUAAGAUGAGAGCUAUUCUUCUUGACUGGUUAAUGGAGGUUUGUGAAGUCUACAAGCUACAUAGAGAGACACUUUAUUUAGCCCAAGACUUUUUUGAUAGAUUUAUGGCAACACAACAAAACAUUGUGAAGACUCGAUUACAGCUUAUUGGUAUAUCAGCUUUAUUUAUCGCUGCAAAACUAGAGGAAAUCUACCCACCAAAGCUACACCAGUUUGCCUAUGUUACUGAUGGAGCUUGCACAGAAGAAGAAAUCCUUAACAUGGAACUUGUUGUUAUGAAGGCUCUCAAGUGGAAUUUGUGCCCGAUAACAAUUGUGUCUUGGCUCAACAUCUACAUGCAAAUUGCAUAUUUGCAGGAAAUGUAUGAAAUAUUAAUACCACAGUACCCACAAGAAAUGUUUGUUCAAGUAAUGGAGCUAUUGGAUCUCUGUAUCUUGGAUUUCAGAUGUUUGGAGUUCACAUAUGGAGUUACAGCAGCUUCAGCUCUGUAUCACUUUUCGUCUUGUGAAUUAGUUCACAAAGUCUCAGGAUUUGAAUGGAGUGAAAUAGAAGGAUGUGUGAAAUGGAUGGUUCCAUUUGCUAUGGCCUUGAGAGAACUGGGAAGUAUAACACUCAAACAUUUGAAAGGUGUCUGUCCAGAAGAUUUGCACAACAUACAGACACAUUCUAACAGCUUAUUAUUACUGGAUAAAGCUCUCUCAACGCAGGCACUACUAUUGGAACAGAGUAGAUGUUCACCAGUACCUUCUGGAAUUUUAACUCCUCCACAAAGCAGUAAGAAGAACAAUACUUCGGGUCCUCAUGAAGAUCUCAAACACUUGCAACCCUGAAACAGAUCACGGGUGAAUUUCAUUCACCUUUGAAGUCUGAAUAAGAAAAUGCUUUAGAAUGAACAGAAGUUAAAUGGAUUUGACUCAUGCCUACUCUUGAAAGCAGAAGAUGGCUGUAAAUGUCUAAUUGCAUUCUUUGUGGUGCCAGCAUCUCUCAAUGCUGGAUGUUGGAACUCUAUAACUUGGUUCUUAAUACUGACCUUUUUUUAAAUGGGUGGACUUUUGCCAAGAACUCCAACCAAAUAAAGGGUGCUUUUCAAGUAAUCCUAAUUGCUGCUAGGGAGGGUGGCUCUUGGAGGUGGGGGGGGAAGAAUACAGUAAGGUCAAAGUAUUGAUUGAUGAAAUUGUUUUAUGUACUUAAAGCUGCUGUUUAUUUUAAAUAAAAGG